UCUCCCUUGCGCCCCCAUAUCUCUCCCCUCGCCCUCCCUGCCCUGCCCGAGCACCUCGAAGCCAUGGCCACCGUUGUCUGCGUGCCCACCGUCGUCCCCAUCGCCUAGGCCUGCGCCAGGAGCACCACCGGAGGCCGCCGCUUCUUCUUUGCCCACCAGGCCAAGCCGGAGAGCCCUCACGGUGCCGGAUCCAUCGCCUUCCACUCCGCCACGGCCGCCACACUUCAUCGGUCGAUCCGCUGACCUCGCCCACCUUCGGCCUCACCGAGACGCCUGCGACACUCUCUAUGAGCCCCCGGUCCCUCGCGACCUCUCCCCUCUCUUCCUCGUGUCCCGUAGAGGCACGCCCGAUCUAGUCUGAUCUCCGCCGCCGCCAGGGUUCGUCGUCGGCGCCCCUGCCAGCCGCCACAACAUCUGUUGCCCUAUUGCAGCCGCCCACUGCGGCCUGCCGUGCUGCCCGACUCAGCCUCGCGCCCCCUCCUGACCAAGCCCACCUCCGCCUCACGCCCACGGCCACGACCAACGGCGCCCGACCACGCUCCCUGCACGCCAUGCCUACUACUUUGUCGCUGCUGCUGUUGCCUGCUUCCUACUGCUACUUCUUGCUACUGUUGCCGUUGUUGGCUGCUCCUCAUGCGGCUGCCACUGCUAUCUAUUGCUUUUGCUAGCUGCUGAGCUGCUAGUCUGCUCCUUUCCCUGCCUGUUGCUGCUGCCUUGCGGCUCGACUGCUAUUUUAACUGAUGCUGCUGCGGCGCCCAGCCGCACUCGCCGCUGCUUGCCGGCCCACGGCCUUCUACGCGUGCUUGUUGUGCUGCACUUCGGCCAUAGCCGGCCAGACAUGCGUGCACACAAAGCAUCCGGCGCUCCUACGCAUGCCUUGCAUGCUCAUGUGCGUGCUUGCAGCCAGCCAACAUCGAUUUGUUUAGUGUUAGGUAAACUUGGUUGGCCCAAUGACAUGUACCUCACUUUAAUUCUACACUAGUUUAAUUUUUGUGCCAAUGACAAGUGGGCCACCACCUCUAGUUUUGACCAGUCAUUUUGACUGUGUUGACCAGCCCCUGGGUCCCGUUGUCAUACACAUGGGCUAGGUAGCACUAUGUAACAAAAGUAUUUUAUUGUCUUAUUUUUGAAUUAAAAUAAAUUCAUAAAAUGAUUAAAACUUUAGAAAAUCAUAUAAAAUAAACCGUAGCUUAGAUCGAAAUAAUUUAUAUAUGAAAGUUGCUCAGAAAAAUAUGAAGAAUCCGAAAUGCCACGAACAUGCAACCAUCCCCCUUCUGUUCGUCUGUCCGAAAAUGCCGGAUAUCAGGAAUACUUUCCCGGAUGUUUCCCUCCUUCGCCGGUAUCACCUAUCCCUGCGUUAGAUCAUCCCUGGCACCGCGUAUUGCCUUGUUAUAUUUUGUGAUGCCUUGUUUGCUCCGUAUUUACUGUUUUUUCCCCCUCUUCUCCGGUAGACCCCGAGACCGGUGCUGAUGCCACUGAGUACGACUAUAUCAACGAUGACUCGUCUUUCCUUGCCAGAGCAACCCGGUAAUCCCCCCUUUGAUCAACCAUAUAUCGCCCACUCUCUUCUCCCUUAUUCUUGCAUUAGGUUUGCUACUGUUAUUGAUUUCAAUGCUCCUAUUCUAUUGCAUAGCUUGUCAUUGUUGUGAAAAUGCCUAGGAGCUCUCGGCGACUCCCCCCAUUGUAAUCCAUCCCAUCCACCGGCAUUCGUAUUCGCACUCACUAUAUUAGUUCCGCCGUAUUCACAUCAUUUAACGUGUACUAUUCAUUUUUAAAGUAUGGUAUAUAAACUGAACAGUGCAAUGCGCUUUCUCCUUUGUCCAGGCAAUUUCACAUCAUCCUGUCCUUCUCCCCACUCGCCCGCCAACUCCCAACCACCCAUCUGGAUUUAAUGCUCACGCUUCACAAUCUCCUGCAACGACUCAAUCCAAAGCUACAACGGUCAUCGGCUCAAUCCAAAGCUACAACGGUCAUCUUCCUCCUCUCAUCAGAUAUAAAAUGCUUGCAGCUAGCAGCUUCCUCACUACUCCAUAUCAUACCGUCAAGAACAUUUCAUACCACCCAUUCAGAACAGCUUCCUCCCUUGUACAUGGUUCUCAUUGCCAUGUCUAGCUCAACCCAUCCCAUGUCAAGCUCCAGCUCCCCCCUUGUUUCUCUUGAGGAGCAGCCACCACUUCCACUCAUGAUCUGCCCUUUCUGCAACAAUGGUAUGGUUUAGUGGUGGGUCUCUCGCACGUCAAACAAUCCAGGCAAGCACUUUUACAAGUGCGAGCACGAGUGGACUCACAAAUGCAACUUUUGGAAAUGGGAAGAGAACUACAUCAACAUCAUAUGAGCCAAGUGGCCGAGGCUGUUCACCGUCCCUUCCCGCGAAGACAGGAAAUUCCACCGCAUCAUCUUCGUUCUCCUUCUGGUCGAUCUGCUCGCUCUGCUCUUUGUAUGCUGCAAGGUCGCAUGAAGCCGGCGGGAGCUCUCCCGACUAGUGCAUGUCCAUCAAGUUCAAGCCGCUCUUUAUUGAAUAAAUUUGUUUAUCUGUAUUGUCUGUAACCAGCUGCCAUCCACUUGCAAAUUCUAUUUUUUAUUUUAAUCCACCUUAUGAUUAGAUGUUGUAAUCAUGUAUCAGAACUAGUACCCCUUUCACGCAUUCGUAAUCAGAUUUAUGAUGUAUGAAUUUUUAAUUAUCCACCUUCUCCAUUACCUCUGUCAUUAUUGUUCAUUAUUUACGUCCAUCCCACACCACAUUGUACCAUCUCUCAAUAAAUAACCUCUCCCCCCAAAGUCAACAUUCCCUGCCCAAAAGGCUGCUUCAACAGGCAUAAAUGCUCCUGUGCAACCAUCAAUAUCGUCCACCGGCUGUCCCAACACGCUUGCUUCCUCCAAUUAUAAACCCCCCUACACAUAUCUGCACAAAUGUAUUCCAUCCCAACCAGACACCCAAUCCGUCCACCCACGCCAUAGGCUUCACCACGCAUAGCAAGACCUGCUUUUAUCUAAAGAUUUCGUAUCUUCAUCAUUUAACCAAGGAUGUCAUAUUCACGCCCUAGUUCAUCACGCUUGAUCGAAGAGGUGCUAGAUGCAGCUGACCAACUCGAUGACAACUCAGAUUCUCAUCCGGGAGGUUUAGCACCAACUUCACGCACGUCCGUAACAAAAGUUGUUUCUAUUGUUUCGUCUUUCAACGAGUACAAAAGAUUUCUUGUUAAUGAAAUUGGUUGGGGAGGGAUUCUUAAACUCCCAGCACUCGCCCGACUUAAUCUACGUUUUAGCAAGUGGUGGAUGAGUCGUCUUGAUGGGCCUUCCAUGUCUGUACACCUAAAUGCCACUAAAAGGCUUCGUUUCUGGCCUGGAGAUGUUCACAAAGUAUUUGGUGUGCCAUGUGGGCCCAAAAAUAUUCUUGGGCCGGAUGGCCAAUGCUCAGAAACGACUAUACAGUUCCUACGUUCUGUUCUUGGAAUGCCAAAGAAGGGAAAUCAAGUUCUAAAAGCUGCUGAAUCCAACCUCACUCGUCCUUUGUCUGAGCAUUGUUCUAGUAAUUUAGAGAAAGAUUGUUUCAAGAUGGCAUUCGUUAUUUUCGUUAUCGGCCACCUUCUUGCUCCUUCUAACAAGCACGACACAUCAAUAAUUGACUAUUGGGGAGAAAUAGCAAACACUGAUAGGAUAGCUGACUUUGAUUGGUGCAACUACGUUCUAUCCGAUUUGAUUUCUGCAUCACAACAAGUUCAAUCAGACAUGCGCAAUAACAAGUUAAAGACCCAUCUUCAAGGAUGUCAUGUAUUCCUCCAGGUAUUUGUUCUUGACAACCUAAACCUCGGAAUUAACAAUAUCCCUCACGAUACUUAUCCAAGAGUUGCCUCCUUCGACGAUAACAAAUUACGACGCAUGAUAUUGGCUACCACAAGUACCGACAAAUUAACGUGGGACUACUCUUGUGCUCCGAUACGAUCACCCCACGAUAAUUGUUACACAAGGAGUACAUUUGACUUAGCCGCUGAAAAUCUUUCCCGGACAAUGCCGCAACGUAAUCAAUCACCUACUCCUACUUUACGUCCUACCAUACCAAUAUCUACAUCAUUAUCUCUGAAGACACCACGAACUCCAACCACACCAGCCGUUCCACAUACCACUGUCCACGACUUUGCUAACUACAUGAAGUCCAAUUAUCCUCAUAUAGUGUCAUCUGAUAUUGGUAUACUUCUAAGACGCAACAAUGCCAUUGUAACUAGAGAAGCCACAUCAUUGCGGAGUUCCAUUCUACGCGAGAACACGACAUUUCUUGACAAACUAAUGUCCCUUCUAUCAUCAAGUUGUAUUUGUUGUAGCAUUCGGUCUCUUCCAUGUAUAAUGCAGAGUUCGCCUCCUAUGAGCACAACUCAUCAAAAUUUAGCUUUAAGUGGUCGUAAAUUGGACAUGUCAGAUUCUGAAGGUGAGACUUCCUCGUCCACAAGCAAGGUCCCUUUUUUGAACCGCACUACACAAGAUAGUGUCCCAACCACACACUCCAAGAAACGACCUAGGAUUAACUCUCUUCAAGCAAAUUCUGUGACACCUCCGUCAUUUGCCACCACUUCAAAUAAGCCUUCAACACUACAGCUAGCUAAGACAUGGGCCGACACAAUCGCUUGUGGUGUUUUGAUGUUCAAUGAUGACCAAAACAUACCUGAUGGAGCCGUUACUUUUGCCCAAUUAUCUGAUCAGCUGCCUACUAAAUCAGCGUCUCGCCAUCUAAAGUACGCUACUGACCAUUGGACUGCACGUGCUUAUCAGCCUAAACUGAGUAUUGACAGCCUUGCUUCUGUUGAACAAUUCAUGAACAAACUAUCUGAAGAUGUUGCUAGGAGGCCUUGGGUCAGACAUGAUUAUCCAAGAUUCAUUUCAAUCAAUGGAUCUUCCAUUAGAGACCAGUUAGUUGGUGAUACACCACUAGACCAUGAAGUAUGCUCUUUAAUCGUCCGGACUAUUGUUAUUAAUGACAACAUUUUCCUAUAUCCCUCAGGCGGCUUUUGGCGUAUUUUCUUUGAACCAGAUUUAUCGACAUGUAUUCUUGCUGGCGAGAAUCUAUGGGAAGUACGCUCCAUACAAAACCAAUUCCUUAGCCAACGAGCGUCAACUCAUCUAUCAAAUUGUAAAAUGUUCAUCAUGCCGGCAACGCUUCAGACUGGCUGGUGUGCUUACGCAUGGGACAUGGAACGCAAACUUAUACACAUACUAAACCCUUGUGCCGACUCAGCCCAAUAUAGCUCUGUAAAUACCACACACGAUUGCAUCGCCGAAAAACUUCAUGUUGGCCUUUACUCCUGUCUAUUCAAAUUUUUCAAUACCUGGCACGUCGACUGUUUGAAUUGGAAGAAAGUAUAUGAUAUACUUGCCUCCGAAGUUUUCACCAAGGAUGAAUCUGACUUGGCUAUGAUUCAAAUGGCCUGUUCUUUCAACGGCGUUGGUGUGUCUGAAAUGCUUAACAAGGUAAAUGUGAGGAUCCAAAAAAUUAAUUUGGUUGCAGACGUUGCCAAACUCAUUCACAACGCCGGAGAACCGCCUGUCGAGCUUCACGCCAUAGUCAGCUAGAACAUUUGUCAUAUGGAUUGUUCCAUGUGUUCUGAUCAUAUACUAUUUAUUUUACGUUGCAUUCAAUAAGUCAUGUCUUUGGAAUGUAAUAUUUACUUACUUUGUUUGCCAAGUUAUAUUGAAACAUUAAUG